CAUGUCUGAGCAGCCAGUGUGCUUUUCUGCUUUUAACGUGAAAUGAAACUUAGGAAAAGCACUUGGAGAAGAGGAGUCUGCUUCAAUGUGAAAUGAAACUCCCAGAAACUGGAGUAGACGAGCAUAGCUGUACAUUUAGCCCCAUCCACCCCUCUUCCCUUUUUGAUAGUCCUUUAAAGGGAGUGAGUUGUGCAGGACACAAUCAGGAACACAUCUGGGGACAACACAGCUUCAUAACAAGAAAGAAGUCCUACACCAAAAGCUAAAAAUGCUCACACAUCAGAAUCUACGGGCUCUUUGGCUUCUUCUGCUUCUGCAUGCUUCUGGAAGGGCCUUCAAAUUUGGCGUGUUGAAAACACACCAUGAACCAAGGGAAGGUGAUGUGAGGCUAUUUGGCUCCAAGAACAUUUCAGAGGGCCGUGUGGAAAUCUACCAUGAUGGGAAAUGGGGAACAGUGUGUGACGACAACUGGGGCAUGGCUGACGCCCAGGUGUUGUGUCGUCAACUCAAUUUCCCUGGAGCCAAAUCUAUUGUCACUGGGAAGGACUACGGACAAGCGCCGGGGCCUAUUUGGCUGGAUGACAUCAAUUGUAACGGCACAGAAACCCAUCUUGUCACUUGUGAAUUCAAAGGCUGGGGAGAAACUGACUGCACCCAUAAAGAGGAUGUUGGAGUUGUUUGUGAAACAGGAAGCACUAAUGUGGACAUCAGUGAUUCUACACACUCACUGGACCACAGCAUCGGUCUGUCUGACUUUCUUGGCCAAAUCUUUGACGGUGGAGAUGGCUGUGACUUCCUGAUCUUAGUGCAGAGUCCUACUGGAGACAAACAGGAGGAUGGGAGCCCAGAGAUGGUUAAGAAAACAAUCUGUGCACACAAAAUGAUCCUGUCACAAAUCCCAUUCUUUAAUGCUUCAGUGGGGGAUGCUACCAUCACAGUCAACCUCAGCCUGUCCUGCCAGCCACAUUUCACCUCAUUCAUUAGGUACAUUUACACCCGUAAGAUCGAUGUGACCCUCUCCUCAGCGCUGUGCCUCCACCAAAUGGCUUCUAAUUUUGGGUUAAAGCAGCUAAUGGAAGACAUUGGCCGGCUAUUUACUAAAAUCCUCCCAGAAGACUCCUCCUUUCACAACCAGGUGUCCCUUUACAAAUACGCAGCGGAGACCAAGGACUUAAUCCUUCAGGAAAACUGUGUUCAGUACAUGGCCUGGAACUACCAAAACCUGACCGGGUCUCCAGCUUGGUCCAGUCUCUCAGUGGGGCUUCUUAGGGCUCUUCUUACUCGCUCAGAUUUGGUGGUGCCAGAUGAGUAUUUUGUGCUGGAGUCUGCAGAGAGAUGGAUCACUGAGAAGGGUGACUCCAUCAGUUUGGAAACCCAGUCUGACCUGCUGAGACACAUUCGUUUCCCUAUGAUCCCUGCUGAGAAACUCUAUGGGAUUGAGUCCAGCUCCUCUCUCUACACUGCUCACAAAAACAUGUAUCUUGAUAAAAUGUUGAAAGCAUUUCAGUUUAAUGUGCUCCUGUUCAGUAAUCUGACAAACCCAAAGUUCAACAAAGAAAAUGAUGAUUACCAGCCCAGAAUUUACACUGCUGAACCCUGGAGCAUCACUUUUGGGCCUUCAAGCAGAAAAUCAUCUUCACCGGUUCAAACCCAGGUCAGACCUUACAACAACAGGCAGGCCUAUAAUUAUCGCUACUCAGGCUAUGGUGGCAGCUAUGGCUAUAUGGUUCCCACUCCUUCUCCAUACCAAACCAGAACCAAGUCAUUUAGCACACCUAUCCACAACAGCCUGAUCUUUAAGGACACCACAAUCAGGUGGCAAGCAAAUAUCUUCAGGAACAAGCAUGAAUGUUCAAACAGUGGUCUGAGUUGUGAGUCUUUUCCUGUGGCAAAGCUGGCUCCCCAAAGCUACAUCACCCAAAGGAACAUCCUCUUUCAUAACCGGGUUGUGCUGAUCUGCCAAGGCAAGUAUGUCUGUCAGGUCCAAGACUUCAAAGACAACAUGGCUUCCAUCUCUACAAAUGAUACUCAGGUCCUUCCUUAUCCCUGUCCUGAUGACCAGUUCACCUCCCAGUUUGUAGUGAGACCAGCAUAUGUCUGAUAUAGCAGCAGGUCAAGGAUCAAUAAUUUCUACAUCAUUUUAAUUCCUUAAUCAUUCCUGCAUCAUUUUAAUUCUUAAUAAUUCACCAAAUCAUAUUCUUUCCUCAUUAGUUAGUGGAUUGCAAUCAAUUUCUUUUAUUAUUAUCCAUGUGAAUUAUCUUCUUUUUUUUUUUAUUACUGACAAAUGUCUGCCAAAUAUAUGGAAUGUGUCAUUUGCCAUAUAUCCUUUCUAGCAUAUUUUA